AUUAUUACCCACCAAAAAAGCGCCCUAAAAUAAUCAAAGCUCUCGAAGGGGAGGAUGUGGAGGAUGUGAAGAAUGUGAAGACUAUGACAUGGAAUGAACAAUCAGAUGCAAUCAAAAGUGCCUUAGAUGAACCUCCCAUAAUAAUUGACAAUGGAGCCUAUUCUCUAGGCGAAUCAGAAUUUAAAAAGUUUGUGACUUCGGGUACUUUCGUUGAUAAAUCUCUCUUUAUAAUGGAGUUUAUGAUCUAUGGACAACGGGCCAAUCUGAUUACUCGCCCUCGUCGGUUCGGAAAAUCAACCAAUCUUUCGAUGCUUGAAACUUUCCUUUCAACGGAUUAUCCUUCAUUAAAUUAUGUACCAGAUGUAAAAACAUCGUUGUUUGGGAAAUUAAAAGUUGCUAGAUUCGAAUGGUUUGCUAAGUUGUACUACAAACAGUGGCCCGUAAUUCACAUUAGCUUCAAGGAUCUUCGCAGUAAAUCCUGGGAAAUAAUGCAAGAAGACAUAAAGGAAAGAAUUUCAGUUCUAUACGGAGAACAUAAAUAUCUUAUUGACUCUUUCUCUCUUCCAGAGGAUAUGAAAGAUGAUUUUAUGAAAGUACUCAGAAAAGAAACAAAAGAUAAUGCAUCUUGGACAUAUGCUCUUUCUAAUUUAGCACGUUAUCUUAACAAGUGCUUUGAAAAGAGUUCCAUUAUUCUAAUCGAUGAAUACGACUGGCCUAUGGAAAAUGCAAGAGGAUUUUAUGAUAAUGUUCACGAUUUUUUUAAAACGAUGUACUCAAGUAUAGCUAAGGAAAAUAAGUACGUGCAUAAGAUCCUGUUUGUUGGGACUCUCCCACUAGGACAAUCAAGCUUUCUUUCCGGAUUAAACAAUGUAGUGGCCUAUCCAAUGCAUGAAAAACCAAACCAUUCUGGCCGUGCUAUUUUCUCUGAUACAUUUGGAUUUACCGAAAAGGAAAUUAAUUCUUUGCUAGAAAGAAAAAAUCAAAUUGAAAAACUUGAUGAGCUACGUCUAUACUAUAAUGGAUACCAAACGAGCACUAAUGUACACAUUUACAAUCCACAUUCAGUAAUAUCGUAUCUAGAGAAAAAUGAAAUUGAUAAUUAUUGGACCAAUAGCAGUUCUUCAAUCACACUUGUAGAACACCUAAAAAAGUGUGGGUCAGGAGUCAAAGAUCAGCUCCAUAAUAUUAUCCAUUCCCAUUCCUUCGAGUCUAUAGGUCAAGAUGAGUCUGUAGUAGGUCUAAAUGUGAUGUUAAUGCCAUAUAUCCGAUACAAUGACUUUUAUACGAAGCCAGAGCCAGAGAUAGACACAUUAUGUACUUUAUUAUACUAUAGUGGUUACUUGACUGUGGUUCCAGGAUCUUUGACUGGUCAUACUGUGAAAAAUGUUGAUCUAGUAAUCCCAAAUAGAGAGAUAGCAAACCAAUGGAUUUUGUGGAUUUUUGAGGUAUUGGGUAUGGAAUAUGCCAAGACAAACAAAAUCUACGAAUCAUUGUUUAAAAAAGAUAUUGCUACAUUUUGUAACAAAUUUCCACCACUUUAUAUGGAGUUGGUAUCUUGUUUUGAUAUUGGCAAUCUCAAAAAAGGUGAUUUAUAUGAAACCUGGUACCAUAUAUUUGUUCUCGGAGCACUUGCUAUGUACCACGGUGUUGAAUACCGGCGUACUGUAAGUGAUGACUCUGAUAUAAUGAAAGAUGCCACCAAGAAAGCGCUAAAACAAAUCGUUGAUAAUAAUUACCGGAUGAAUCUUCCAGAACAUGUUAAGGAAAUAGUUGAAGUUGGCAUAGCCUUCUGUGAUAAAGUAGCUUUUGUAUCAGCCCGUUGCCUAAAACGUAAUAAAGAAGGAAUUACAACGAAUGAAGAUUGGGAAGUUGUUAGUGAAUGGGAAACUGGAAAG